AUGCCGGCUCCUGUGUAUGCACCAGGCCAGGAUGCUCUGUCCAUGUCUUACAUUAUCUGCCUCUUCCUCUUUUGCUAUGCCCUGCCUCUUGCCAUCAUCCUCCUCUCCUACAUACUGAUACUCAUCACUGUACGAGGGUCACGGCAGGCAGUACAGCAACAUGUGUCGCCACAGACCAAGACAACAAAUGCCCAUAUCCUCAUUGUGAAGCUCUCAGUGGCAGUGUGCAUCGGUUUCCUGACCGCCUGGAGCCCUUAUGCUGUUGUGGCAAUGUGGGCCGCAUUUGUGGAACCCAGUAAGGUUCCCCCUAUAGCCUUUGCAUUAGCAGCUACCUUUGCCAAAUCCUCCACCAUCUACAACCCUGUGGUGUACCUGGUAUUCAAGCCCAACUUUCGCAAAUCUCUGAGCAGGGACACCGCUCAGAUUCGAAAACGAAUAUGUUCCAGCCCGUGCAAAGGAAGCCCUGUGCCUGGUGAGAAGGAUCUUCAACGGCAAACAUCUCUAUGCUGCAACAAGGAUGCUAGCAAUACCACUCGAAUCUCCAAUGGCCUGGCGGAUAGCCAUGGCGCUUGUCUUCAUUGCACAGAGGCGGACCCUCAUUGCCAACAGACCCCGCCUCAAAGGACUGCCUGUGUGCUGAUCGGUACAUCCUACAGCGAGGUGACUGUGAGUCAGCUGCCGGAGAAGAUGCAAGCUGACUUUCUGUGAAGGCCCUAUAGGCUCUCCUCAUGCCAGCACGAGGACAAAUGUGAGGAAUAGAUGGAUGGGCAGCCUUAAAAUUAAACUUCUGGCCACUAGAGAUAAGCUUGAUGUGUCAGAGACAAACUGUGGUCACUUCUGAUACUGAUGUCAUGUAUUAGGAGCUGCAAAACAAUUGACCCUGCACUAAGUCCCGCCUUAAAAAGGUUACUGACCAGUCUUACCACAGCAACUGUUCACAGUUGUUUCAGACUAGCUUGUGCUAUUUUACUUAAAGUCUAUACUUAGAGAUUUGUGAUUCAAUCAACUGUGAAAAAUAACAAAAGAUGAGUUAUAUGAGGUAAGCAGCUGCAAAACAUUUGGGGAUUUUUUUAACUUCAGUAGUUAGUUGCACCAAGUAGUUUUUGAGGUAGAGUGGUUGUUCGCUAUUAUUUUAAGUUAAAUCAAGCUUCCUAAGCAAAAACGUCUGACACAACAU